GACCCGAAUUUUCUCGUUCUUAUUAAACACAAAGGAAAUGAGCAGCUGCCAAUCGUGCUCCGGUUGCUUCACAGGCAAAAGUUGCCACACCACGCGAAACUCUAAACAAGUUGAACAAGACGAUCACCAAUUCCACUCAUUGUUACAACUUGCCUUAACAAGCAAUACUCAACCCAAUCUUGAAGAACAACAACAACAACAACAACAACCGGAACAAGGUCACGAUCACAUUAUUCCAACGAUUGUAAGCCAAUUGUCAGACAAUGUCUACGCAUCACAAGUAGCAUUGUUUUCUGCCUAUAGUCGGAUGGCUUUGGCAGAAUUUAUUGAGCUCGUGCAGUCCUUGUAUGACCAUCGAGUUACUGGUUCCUUCGUAGCUUGGGCAUGGGAAUAUUGUCAUGACGACCCAGUGCAGUUGUUGACACGGAUACGCACAAGUGGUUAUGGUGAUACAGCAGUAACCCAGCAGCAGCAGCAGCAGCAGCAGCAGCAGCAGCAAGAGCUGUGGGAUUAUCUAGACGGACAGGCACAGGUGCAUGAAAUCUUUAAUGGCACGUCCAUGGGCAGAGUAAAAAGAUAGAGUCUCAUAUAUAUUCUGUAGUAAACCCCUUCCGCUACACUGUAAUUAUACUACUACCACUAUACUAUGUACUCGACUACUCCGUUUGUAAAUAAUCCAAAGAAGAUGGCGGAGAAGAUUUUGGGUGAUUUGCAGCAUGUUUGUUAUGAAGAGUAGCGAAAAUGGUAGAGCUGUGACACAGAAGGAGGCAAAAGUUGCCCUUGAAAGCUUCGUUUGCUUUUGCCGCUGACAUUUAUGGCAAAUGAGCUCCCAUUAAGGCAAUUUUUUGAAGCAGAUAUUUAUUCUCGCGCACCCCCACAUUACAG